UCCAGAAACACAAAAAAUGAAGCGCACGCUGCACGACAUCAGUGUAACCAACUAAAACUGAAAAUGGCACUACGAAUCCACACUCAAUCUUCUUUUACUAACCGACUCUAUCAGUGCUACUCCGUCUUUCCAAAACCCGAUUUUUUAAUCAAAUCGCAGAAGCCAACAGUCGACGCCGAGCCCACUCCUGAGCCCACCUCCUCGCCCAAGAAGCCCGCCGCAUUGGGCCAAAGGUUUGGCUCCUCCGUUUCUUCACCCUCGCCCUCCGGCAAGUCAAGCGUAAGGCGUGACAUAAGCAGCAGCAAGAAAAAGCAGAAAGGAAAAAGAGAGAUGGCGUGGAUAAUAAGGCGGUCGCCGAUCGAGAAACCUGCCAUUGUGAGCAAAGAGGAAGAGGCUAAAGCCGAGGAACAGAGAAAAAAUGAGAGUGCUUUUCUACUGGCGUGGUUGGGGCUUGGUGGACUCAUUCUUGUGGAAGGCAUUGUUCUUGCUGCUUCAGGCUUCUUACCAGAAGGGUGGGAUAAGUUCCUUGUGAAGUACUUGUACCCAUCUUUCACCCCAACUGUUGUCUUGUUUCUUGCUGGAACUGUAGCAUACGGAGUGUUGAAGUACCUGCAAAAUGAGAAACUUAAAGACCAAAAAUAAAUUGUUUAUUGAAUAUUCUGAUAUUUCCAUAUUGUAAGAGUAAACACUGUCGUUAAAAGCAAGUGAGUAUUUGUACAUUUAUGCAGGCUGUUCUUUUCAGUUUUACUGCUUCCUCGUGAAGAGAAUUGUAUUAACUGAGAACACAACAACGGAAUUUUCCUGCAAGGAAUGUUAACCAUCCUUAUUUGUGAUCUGCUGAGGCAGCGUUAUGUGUCU